CCUUUAAUCUAAAGCAAAACCAUUCAUUUCCCCUCUUUCAUUUUAUGGAAAAAAUAAACACACCAGCCAAUUAAAACCUUCCCAUCUCAAGAUUAAAACAGCAUCUUUAACUGUUAAUCUAUUUCCUAUCUUCAAUUACAAGUGACACAACCAGACCUUCCCUUCUCUCUCUCUCUCUCUCUCUCUCCAAUCUGUAUCAGCUAAAGCAGUGAAGGUAACUCACUCCCUCAUUUCAUGCAUCAAAAAUUCAAAAAUGUCUUGAUUCAACCAAGAAUGUUCUUCUUACCAUAGUCUUAUGCUGCCAAGGCAAAAGGCAGAAGCAAACCACUAAUGGAAAGGUUCAAGGCCAGAGCACCUCCAUAUUCUUGCAUUUUCUUGCUCUUUCUCGCACUUUCUAGUUCUUUCCCUCCAAACAAUCAUGGCUCCGCAACUGCACAACAACAAAAACAACAACCCAUCAAAACAAUCGUGGUGUUGGUUCUGGAAAACAGGUCUUUCGAUCACAUGAUAGGGUGGAUGAAGAAUUCCAUCAACCCAUCGAUCAAUGGGGUCACGGGUGAGGAGUGCAACCCGGUUUCCACAAAAGCCCAGGACCCACAAUCCAUCUGCUUCAAGGACGAUGCCGAGUUCGUGGACCCGGAUCCGGGUCACUCGUUUGAGGCAGUGGAGCAGCAGGUAUUCGGGUCUAACCUCAGUAGCAUCCCUUCAAUGACUGGGUUUGUGGAACAAGCACUUUCCCUGUCACAAAACCUCUCCCACACUGUUAUGAAAGGAUUUAAGCCGAAAAACAUACCCAUUUUCGCAGAAUUAGUUCGCGAAUUCGCGGUUUUCGACAGGUGGUUCUCUUCGAUUCCGGGUCCAACCCAACCCAACAGGCUAUUUGUUUACUCAGCAACUUCCCAUGGUUCAACCAGCCAUAUGAAAAAGCAGUUAGCCAUAGGGUACCCACAGCAGACCAUAUUUGACUCACUUCACCACAAUGGGUACAGCUUUGGAAUUUACUUCCAAACCAUACCCACAACUUUGUUUUACAGAAACUUGAGGAAAUUGAAGUACAUAUUCAAGUUCCAUCACUUUGAUUUGAAGUUCAAGAAAGAUGCUAGAGAGGGUAAACUGCCUAAUUUGUCGGUGAUCGAGCCGAGGUACUUUGACUUGAAGGGGAUGGCAGCAAAUGAUGAUCAUCCAUCCCAUGAUGUGGCUGAUGGGCAGAAGUUAGUGAAGGAGGUUUAUGAGGCACUGAGGGGGAGUCCUCAGUGGAAUGAGACACUUUUGGUUAUCACUUAUGAUGAGCAUGGGGGGUUUUAUGACCAUGUUCAGACACCUUUUGAAAAUAUUCCAAACCCCGAUGGGAAUACCGGCCCUGCCCCAUAUUUCUUCAAGUUUGAUCGGCUUGGAGUUAGGGUUCCGACGAUUAUGGUGUCUCCUUGGAUCAAGAAAGGAACUGUGAUAAGCAGCCCAGAAGGACCUGCUCCGAACUCCGAAUACGAGCACUCUUCGAUCCCUGCAACCAUAAAGAAAAUGUUCAACCUCUCCUCUAACUUCUUGACUCAUAGAGACGCUUGGGCUGGCACGUUUGAGCAGGUUGUCGGAGAGUUAACUUCUCCCAGAACUGAUUGCCCGGAGGUCCUGCCGGAAGUGGCUCCUUUGAGAACCACAGAAGCAGAUGAAAGCAAGGGGUUAUCGGAGUUUCAGAGUGAGGUGGUCCAACUGGCUGCAGUUCUGAACGGCGACCACUUUCUGAGCAGCUUCCCGGAUGAGAUGAGCAAGAAAAUGAACGUAAAGGAAGCCCAUAAGUACGUGAAGGGUGCUGUGUCGAGGUUCAUAAGAGCGAGCAAAGAGGCCAUAAAGCUGGGAGCCGAUGAGUCUGCCAUUGUAGACAUGAGAUCCUCCCUCACUACCAGAUCUUCAGUCCACAACUAGUAAAUUUAUCUUAAUUACACCCUUUUUUGUUGGUCUUGUCUCAGUUUUCUCUAGUUGAUCAGAUCUUCAGGAAUAUCUUCUCUUAGUCAACCCUUAAGACUCAUUCAAGAUAGCUGAUUGAAUGUGUACAAAUGACCAAUUUAAGUGUCUUCAGAAAUAUAUUGGUGUCGGCGAGUUUGCAUGGUGGAAAA